AUGGAUGCAGGCAAUGGCACAGCAACUAGAAGCAUAAAGGAUCGAGAGGUUGUCUCAAAUGCAUCCAGAAUAAACACAAUGAGAGCAAACAUAAAGAGCUGGAUGCAUAUGCUUGUGGUAUUUGCCGUGUCGAUGGCUAUAUCAUCAAGGCACAGACUUGGAGCGACUACACCGGAUGAAGCAGAGCUUAUGAAUAGUCAGAUGGCAUAUGCUGCAAGAAGAUUUGAGCCAUCUGGAGGUAUGCCUCUUCCGGGAUUGCUUUUGUAUGCAAUGCAUUUGAUAUGCUCCUCGGUGGGCAUUCCAUGGGAUUUGUCAUCGAUCCACACAUACAGAUUGGUCAGCCAGGUUCUGUUUUCAAUAUCGAUGGUAAAGGUGCAAGAGCUGUCCAGAGAAACAUACAGCAGCAAGAUAUCAUGGAUCAUUGCGUUAUCCCACUCGCUGCUGCUGGCACGCGAUAGAUCUACAUUUAUUGCAUCUGAUUUGCUUUCGGUAUACUUCGCACUGCUGGGAUUAGUUCAACUCAAAAGGCAACGCAUUCUUGCAUCUGGGGUUCUUCUGGGGCUUUCACUAUCAUCUGGAUGGGGUGUCCUGCUGAUCAUGCUACCUAUGGUGAUGCUAUACCUGAUUAGCAUGUUUUCAUUUGUGACUGAUUCCAGAAAUGCAUUGUGUACGGCAGCAGGAAUGAUGCUUAGGAGAAUCAUGGCAUUCGUUGCAAUCCCCAUGUCAAUAUAUCUGCUAUCCUUCUAUGCUCAAUAUGCAAUCCAGAGCAUGCACUCAGAACAUGCAAAAGGGUUUUCAAUAGAGUUCCAGGCAACAUUGCAUGGCAGCACAAGCACGCUGUCGGACAGGUAUCUCAUGGACAGAAGCACGGUGGCCAUUCUAAACCAGAAGCACCGCUCGUAUCUCGCCAUGAAAGAUAGUGUACUCGUAUGCUCUGCAGACAAAGACAGCAGCUCCAUGUGGACAAUAAUCAAGCUUCACUUGAUGAGCAAUAAGGGGCCAAGUACUGAAGAAGACAGAUAUAUUCAGAACGGGGAUCUUAUUAAGGUGGUCAACACAGACACAGCAAUGUGCCUGAGAGUUGCAUCGCCGGACAAGGACGACAAGUUCAAGAAUGUUGUUGGAUUUGCACAGGCAGAGAGCCAAGCAGACGAGGAUGACAUCUGGCAGGUAAUUGGAGAUGCAUACAUCCUUUCCAGGACGUCUCUUGUCAGGCUCAAGCACUACAAGACAUCUACCGAGCUUUGUGUCAGGAAUCUCUGGGCAAGCAACGAUGGCAACAGCCACAACAGUCAUGAAACCCACGAAAGCGAGUCACUGAAGUCUGCAAACGCAUCACUGCACAGUAGCCAGGACUCUAGAUUGUUCUACAUAAGCGAUAACAGAAACCACGAAUUCUUUAGGACAAAGUUUCCCGAUGGUCGCCCAAAGCAGUCUGUUCUGUAUUUCCCAGCCAAAGGAUUCUUUGCAAAGACUGUUGAGCAUCAUAUGAAAUCUUUAUUCAACCAUCAGCUUUCUGGAAAUGCGUGGAGUGCACUCAGGAGAUACUAUACUGCUGUAUUGUCGAAGAAUGUUGUCCACUCGAUUGGCAGCGGUGUGCUACUUGAUUUUGCAGUAUAUACAGCAUCUAUUUCCUUUGUACUAGUGCUUAUUGCGAAUCAUGUGCUUUAUAUGAAGUAUGGAGUAAGCAUAAUGAGGCGUUUUAGCGGCAUGGAUGCGAAUGCUGACCAUGUGUUCGCAAGCAUGGCUUACAUCUGUGCAAUGCUUGCAAGUAUUACGCUUGGCUUCGGCGAUUCGUUUGCAAAGGUUCUCAAUAUUUGGAUUGCACUAGGAUUUGUGUCGUUUUGUGGUGUUUGGUAUGUUAUUGCUGCGUUUUCGAUUGUUGCUGCAUUAUCAAUCAGCACACUUACAUCAACGAACAUGUAA